ACGUGGCUGAAAAACCUUGAAGUUGUUGCAUUGUUACAUUGCCUGUCAAAGUUUUGUUACUAGGUUCAUGUACAGUGAAAAUUCGAGAUUGGAUGUGUUCUCUCGCAAAUAUUUUAUGAAUAAUGAGGAUGAUGAUUAUACUAGCAAAAUGCGUGAUAAAUUGCAAUGGCUGAUUUACACGGGAGUGUCACAGCAGUAGAAUGGUUUCCAUGUGUUAAUUCUAUUUCCUAUGGUCUUAAACAUGGCCCUGAAGCAAACGGUAUGAUUCGAGAGGCAACAAUAGGGUCACCUAGUCGACCCAAAGAUGGUAAACCUCCUUACAGCUAUGCCAGCCUUAUACGUUUGGCAAUUAGUAAUGCUCCAAAAGGAAAAAUGACAUUAUCAGAAAUCUAUCAAUACAUUAUUCAACAAUUUCCUUAUUAUAGAGAUGCUGGCACAGGAUGGAAGAAUUCUAUUCGUCACAAUUUAUCGCUUAAUAAAUGUUUCACAAAGGUAGCACGAUCAAAAGAUGAUCCAGGAAAAGGAAGUUACUGGAGUAUUGAUUAUACAUCAAGUCAGGAUGAAGGUUUCAACAAAAAGAAGAAACCAGUACAGCUCUUCAGAGCUUCUCCUUACAGCCCAGAGUGUAGUAGCAACAGUAGCGAUUAUAGCUGCGCCUUUACUUCAGUUAGGUCAAAAGUGGCAGCUGAUUGGCCAUGCUCUGCAGGAUACAAUGUCUGUAAAGAAACUACAGAAAACGAAAUAGGUAAUUUGGAGCUUACUGAUACUGCAGAAUUUUCUGCUGUUCUUUCUGGACUUCUUUCUCAGUAUGGCAUGACUGUAGAUACAGAACAACAGCAACAACUUCUCCAACAAGAACUGGGAAACCACUUUACGUUACCGGGCAAUACUCCAUGCAGUGCUGUCAGGGCAAUUGAUUCCUAUAACAACACCAUGAAUCAAAACGAUGGUUGCUAUGUGGCUGAAACAUCAUAUUCAAGCUAUCAGACAGAAGUGAAUUCAGGUAGUGAGUCUUACCCCCAAGAAGGUCAAUAUGUUCAUAAUAAUAAUGCAUUUAAUUCUCAUGUGCAAAUCGGAAGAGUGGCGCCUGCUGAUACUUUAUAUGACCCUGACGCUGCCCACUUCAGUAGAUGUAAUACAUCCAAUAGUCCUUAUUGUAAUAUGUAUGAGGCAAAUGUUUCAUCUGUGCAAGGAUUUGAAAGUCAUUCGAUUCAUGGUAUGAUGGGAAUGGUACCUAUUUCCCAGAAUUUUGGAAGAGAAGUCAUUAGGAGUCAAUCAGAGCAAGGAUGUCAUCCUGAAAAUUUUGUAGAUGGUUCCAUUGCCCAUGGGUUUCAACCCAGCAGCUGCAGAUCCAGUCCAGCAGAGCCAGGUUUUGCAACAGAUUGUUUAAACAAUCCCUCAGAACACAGAUAUAAUCCUCGUAAUUGUGCAAGCAGUCAGGGAGAAAACUUUCAAGUCAAUAGCUGUUUACAGAAUCAAUCAAACCAUAGCUAUCGAUCAAAUGAUUGUAGGAUUUCCCAGGUGGAUCAUAGUUUUCAGAGCAGUGAACAGACGUACGCCAGUAGUGAAUGCCCAGGCUCCCCCUUCCCGGCUCCUGUUUGCAGUGCAGAGGAGUUGCUGGAUGCAGUAAUUCAUCAGGCCACAACCACUGCACCAGGAGUUGCUGCAACAACCAGGAAUACCUCUGAGGAAGAUAUUGAAGAUUUUAAUUGGGAUAAACUUUUAUAACAAUAAUGCUUUGUCAAAUAGUUGUGAAUUGUUUGUUGUUAUUGGGCAUUUUAUGAAACUUAUAUUUUACUUACAUUUGAAUCUUGGUUCAGUUUGUUAAACAUAUUACUUACAUAAUAUAUGAGAAGUUAAAACAUCUAUUUGUUAUAUUUAAGAAUAUUAAGUUUCUUUCUCUGAAACACUUGGUGGAUUAUAUUAGUCUUCAUAUGACUUCAAGUGAGAAAGAAAUUAAAUGUUAAAUUAAAUGUUUUACUUUGUUAAUAUAAUUACCAGCAAAUGAAAUAUUUUAAUCAUUGUGAAAAAUAGUAUUUCUUUAGCAGUAAAACAACAAUAUUACAUUUGAGGUUUUUAUCAUUUACUCAAAAAUUCAUAAGCGUGACUAGCUGGUAGAAAUGGCAUUUUACAUUAGAUAUUUCAUUUAUAAAUGUAAGACAAAAAAACUGUGAUUAUUGAAUAAGCAAACAUUUGGAACAAAGUACAUACAACAUGAUCUGUGUUUCACUUAGUUUGUUUUAGAUCGUUCAUGUAGAUAUGUAUUUUGUCCAAGAUCUGCUGCCUGCAAAGAUUAAAAAGUGCUGAGCAGAAAUUCCAUAUUCAAGCUUCUCGGUAGAAAUGCUAGAAUUGUGUGCUCUCUGUUGUUAAAGCUUUGUUUUAUAGCUUUUAAUGAAAAUAAUGCAGUUCCAUUUCCUCUAGAUUUAUGAAAGAAGGUGCCUAUAUGAUUACAUUUAGAUCAAGCAAUUUGCCAGUCUUGAAAUAGAUCUGUUUAGAAGUAAUAAAUCAGGAGAUGUUUACCUCAUUACUUUUAUAGAUUAUACACGUUUAUGUUUAUUGCAUGAACUGCGAAAUAUGUGAACCUCUCAAAUAAUCAUGCAAGGAUUAUUAUUUGCCCUUUUCAAGGUCAAAUAUAAUGUGACUUUGUUAAUGAUCUCUAUCUAGUAGUUUUCAAUAAUCUUAGUAGUAAAAUGUUUUUACCUCAUUUUAAGUUAAUGUUUUUGACAUUGUAUUAACAUGUUAAUAAUAUGGUGUGUUUAUAUGGUUUUGCUCUAAGGAUUAUUGUGUUCCAACAAACUGUUCUUCAUUCAGUACUUAAAAAUAUAUUUAAAUACUUACUACCUCUCUUAUUCACUGUCAAGUAACUGAGUGCUGUUGUGAGUUAGUGAAGUGACAUAUUUUCACUUAUUUUUAUAAUGAAAAGUGAAAAUACCUCCAAUGUUGUUUGAAUUUCCUUUUAAAUUUGCAGAAUGUAUUAUUUUCAUUCAUAAUACUUCUUUAUUUACUUAAUUUUUUGAAAAAGUGUUAUUGGUGCAAGUGUGGCACCAAUGUCUUCAUACUUCUUCUUUUAAAUCUUAUUGAUGUAAAAAUUAACAUUUGGUUACAAAUUACAGUUCAUUCACUUAAAGUGGCCAAUUUGUCCUAAUUCUUUGUUAGACAAUGUUCAUGGAGUGAUAGUGAUAGCUAAUUUGAAGUGGUGUGCUUUGAAGUUUGCACUUCAUGCAUUGAACUUAUCAAUAAAAAUUAUGAACAUUACAAAUUCCUAUUGCCAUAUGCUCAGCCAGAAUGUAACAAUUGUUUAAUAUGAAUCAGAAUAGUUAAAAUAAUUUUUACAUACAUGUACAAAGUACAUUUUGUGAAGAGGACCUUUUGAAAGUGUGUUUCAGCAGGUCAAAUGGAAGAGUUAAUUAUUACUGCUUAUAUUUGUGUGUAUUGGUAGCAUUGAAAGAUGGAUGUUUGUUGAAGUGAUAUGAUAAAUUUGGUUGUGCUUGUAAGAAAAACUCUACGAUUAAAAUUUUUUGUGAAAUUUUAAUUAAGCUUUAUAAAAAUAUAUGUACAUAUACGCUUGCAGAAUAUCUGUUUGUGUUUUAAACUACUUAAUGUUGAUUGAAGUUUGAUUACUAACAUAAUGAGAUUAUUAUUGUUGUUUUUUAUUGUUUUUUCUACAAAAUCUAUAAUAUUCAGUUUUUAUUGUUAGGGAACAAAAAAUCUUAUAUGUAACAUAGCUGUAUAUUUUGAUUAUGUGGUUCUCUUUGUAAUUAUGGUAUACAAUGUUUUAAGGUCUUUAAUCAUAGCAUUGAAGAAAAGUUCUCUUUCUAUUCAAAUUGCACCUUUUUGUUGCCAUACUGAUGUUCCUUAUUUCUUUGGGGUAAAACUAUGUUUUUCCAUAAAUUAUUCUACAUGAUUGCUGAAUUUUGUACCUGAUAAUAAUAAUUUAUUUUACCAUAAGGGGUACAGAAUUUAAGUAAAAGAGCAAAUGUGCUUUUUGUAUUUCUAAGGGUUUUUUCAUUAUAGCAGAAAUGGUAAUUGCGAGUGUACCAUAAUUUCCAUUUGAAAGCCAAUUUUUGUUUGCAUACUUUUUUUUACUUUUUUAUAACUGUUUAAAGGGCAUUUCACUUUUCACCAAAGGGUAACAUAAAAUAUUGUGUUAUUAAUGAAGUUUUAAUAGAUUUACAGUUGUAACAAUUGCUCAAAAUGUAGUAUCUACCUAAUCUAGAGACAUGUUACUGAAAGAUUUAUUUAUCUACUUAUUGCUACACAAUUGUGUAUGCUUUCAUUCAGCCUAAUUGUUGUGAUAUUUAAGUAUAAGCAUUUUGUUUUCUAUUGUCUUUUCCAUUUAACAUGCUUCUGUAUGAUUACCAGGUAUUUCUUUAGAAUUUCUACAUUGCUGAAUUUUAUGCAUGAAAAGAGAAUGAAUGUAUUUUAUGCCACUUUUGUUCAGUUGUGCAAUGCCACCAGGACAUGUUGUCUGGCUGUUUAGGGACCAAGCUGUAAUGCACAGACACUCAGUGUAUCAUCCCAUCAGUCAUAGUUAUAAUUUUCCCACUUCUUCAAGCAAGACAUAUUGGACAAAUUACAUCAAAAGCAAGAUAAAUAUAUACGAACAACCACAGUGUGAACACUAUUUGGUAAGCUACUUUCAGCAUAUCUGGAUUCCACAUUUCCUACAUCUUAAUUUGAAAAGGCUGAGAUCUUCAGUUUAGACUUACGAACUUAAAAUUCAUAUUAUGGAAUAAUUAUGUACAAUUUAUCAUUGAAUUCUACUUUUUAAGUUUUUGUAAAUAUUUGCAAUAUUUUAGGGCCUGUGAACUAUUUCAGUUAUUGGAGACAAUUAUGACCAGCCAUUGCAGUCUGUAUACUGUGGUUGUCUUCAGUUUACUUUACUUGCAAUGUAGAAAUUGUCCUAUUACAGUGAAAAAAAGUAUACAAUGUAUCUAUAUGAGUUAUUUUGUUUUUACAAGUAAUUGUUAUUAAUUUUGCAGUGAUCCUUUAAUAAUAAUUUAAAAUAUCAAACUUUUCAUUAUAUUUUGUAGAAUUUUUUGAUUUUAUACUUUUUCCUUUUUAUUUUUUUAUUUGCAAACUUUUAUCAGAUAGAAUGUUCUAUAGGUUCAUUGCCAGCAAAUUUUGCAGUGAGGCAGACUGUUUAUUACCGAAAUCUGCCAACUGCUCUUGUAUUUACUCUGAAUCAGUGUUUGAAACGAGAAGCUGUACAUUUUAUUGUGUGAGUCUAUAAGAUAUGUAAUUAAAAUGUUUAAUGUGAUAUUGGAUUGUUUCACAAUGUGUUGGUAACCAAUAUGUUGUUCAAGGGAUGAUAAUCAGGCGAAUAAAAACAGCUAGUUCACUAGAAAGUGUUACUCUAUCCUCAAAGUGUAUCAUAACAAUGAAAUGUUACAUGUAGAAUUGCACAAUACAAUGGACAUCAAUGAAUUUAUUACCUAAUAUUGUUUACACAAGGUGAAAUCAUUUUAAGGAACUAAGUGUAGAGAAAUACACAAAAACAAUUUAAUAUUUUGGAAUUAAAUAAUUUUGUGGAACAUGAAACCUACUGCAAAACAUGAUAAUGUGCAGUAUCUGGUGAAUGCAUUCCAUUCAUUUCUUAUUUGGAUUUUCAACACUCAACAUCUUGAAAUGUGCUAAUUCAAAUGUUCCAAUUCAAAAUGUCUAGUCAUAAGAUAUUGCCAUUACAAAUUACACUAAAGUAAGUUCACAGAUUAUUGUAAAAUAGCUAAUUACAAUUCUAUAAAAUGCAUUAUUACAAAUUAAUUUCAAUCUCACAUGCAAGACAUUUCAUCAUCAUUAAUAUUCAAAUAAUCUGACAACAUAAUUAAUUCAUUGAUGUGUUUUGUAAUGUUUUAAAUUUAAAUGUAAUGUGGAGUUCUGUGAGAUAUGCCCUGAGGACAGAAUAAUAUUUGCAGUUUUUUUUACCUGAUCAACAUUCCAAUAAUAACAUACCACUUAUGUCUUGAAUAUAAUUUUCAUUCUAACAUUUUUUUAUUUGUAAAAGAUAAUUUACAUCUUCUUAACCCUCACUUUGUUAUGAAGCUUUUCUUUUGAUUUAUAAUUACAAGCACAAGAGAUGUAUUAUUAAAAAGUAAUGAGUAAAUGUAUAAACACCGACUAGUGCUUGUUAAUAAAGAUAAUACUUGUCAUUUCAAGCAGGUUGUGACUUGGUUAUGAACAUUGUCAAGUGCCUAAAAUUUUCACAGUAUGUUUAUUUCUUAUUAAUAUUUUAUUUGUGUGUGAGUGUUAAAACAAUGUUUGUUUGUCCCAUUUCUUUAAAAUAAGUCUUCUUUAUGAAAUAGAAGAUUCAUUAAUGCUUCUUGAAUAUUGUAUAUAUUAUAAAAAAUACUGUUUUUAUACAUACUUGUAAUUUCAAGCAAAUCAAAGGCCAGUUCAGUGAUGUGCAAUUUAAUUUUUAAAUGCCCAAUUACACACUGUGGAUUAUUGA